GUGAGAGUGGGGUAUGCCACAUCUCUGAAGAAGGACAGCCAAUCGCCUAGUGAGGUAGUGUGAUGACGGGGCAAUCCCUACGCAUCCCCGAGCCGCGGAUAUAGAAAGAAAGGCACCCCGUUUUCUCGCUUAGAGACACCGUCCUUGUUAACUUCCCCUAUAUCUUCAUCAGGUCCGUGCACGUCCUCCAUCCUAGAAACAACUCUUGUUCCCAAUACCCACCAUGCCCAACCCUCCCGCUUUGGAAUACGCCUUCACACUCCAUGUCGACCUCGCUCCGGCACUCGAUUACGGAUCCUCCGCCGUAGGCCACCGCCGCUUCAUCCCCAUCACAGGAGGCACGGUCACAGGCCCCAAACUGCAGGGUACCAUCGUCCCCCACAGCGGUGGGGAUUGGAACGCCGUGCGGGCAGACGAGGUCGUCCACGUCUACGCGCGCUACUCGAUCCGACUCGCGGACGGGACGCUCGUCGGCAUCACCAACGAGGGCUACGGCCGGGCUAGCGCGGCCACCAUGAAGUCAGUCUUCGAGGACGAGGACCCCACCGCCGCGUCUAUGACCAACGGCGGCCGGGAGUGGUACACGCGCACGCUGCCCAAGUUUGAGGUUGGGGAAGACCGCGCGGAGUACCGGUGGCUGACUGCGACGGUGUUUCUGGGGGUGCUGAAGCCGCCGACCCGACAGGGAUAUGUUGAGAUUGAUGUUUUCGAGGUGUUGUGAGAUGAACUUGGGGGAGAGUAUGUAUUGUUCGUGUAUGUAUUAGAAGAGGAGAUUUCGACGCCAGACACGGAGCUGGUUGCAUUGCCGUUUAUAGUCGGUCUCU